AUGGAGGAGGAAAAACGGAUUGAGCAGCUGCGAGAUGCGCGACGACGGGCGAGUGCGAUUCGGUCAGUUGCUGUCGCAACUCUUGCAGUUACAACAUGCAUGAUAUCGUUGCCAAUCGUGUUCACUCGGCUGCAAGAGGUUGACAGCAAUAUUCGAAGCGAGCUAGAGGAGUGUAUGGUACGUCUAGCUAUUUUCAGUUUGACUUCUCGCAACCUCUUACGUCAAGUGAUCUCUGUCACGCCAAACUCGCACCCAACUCCGGCUGCAAGCUCUGUUCUGCGAGAGAAGAGACAGGCAACUGGCUGCUGUACCUGCAAUCGUGGACCGCCCGGUCCACCUGGUCCUCCUGGAGUUGACGGUGCUGAUGGCGUUGACGGCAUUACAGGAGAAAUCGGUGCCCCAGGCCCAAUGGCAGCCGAACCACCAAAUUAUCGUCAAUCACAAGUGAAACAAUGUCCUUGUGAAGCACCUGGAGGACCUGCUGGACCACCUGGACCCCGAGGAGCACCUGGACUGCCCGGAGAAGCUGGCAGACCUGGAGCAGCCGGAGGCGGAGGAGCACCAGGAGAGCCAGGUCAACCAGGCCGACCAGGGGCACCAGGAGAGAAUGGUCAAGCCGGAGCUCGAGGAAAUGAUGGAGUUAUCCGUCCCGGAGGCGGCGGACCACCUGGACCAGCUGGACCACCAGGAGAUAGAGGACUGGAUGGAGAGCGAGGAAUACCCGGCGAACCGGGACAACCUGGUCCACAAGGAGCACCUGGAGAACCAGGAUCACCUGGGCGACCUGGACCACCAGGAAAUGCUGGAAAAGAUGGUGCAAGUGGAGACACUGGAGGGCAAGGUGUUCGUGGUUCGUGCGAUCACUGCCCACCUGCAAGGACUGCUCCUGGAUACUUCGAUUAA